AUGGCGCCCGCCCGCCCCGGCCCGUCCGCGGCUGCGAGCGGCACUGCCGCCUGCGCUCGCUCGCAUCCCAAGCAGCGCCGGGCGCGGGCGGGGCAGAGCGGUGUGGUGUGGUGUGUUGGGUGCGGCCCGGCCCGCCGCGGGGGCAGCCCGCCUUCGCCAGCCUCGAGAGCCGCCGCUGCUUCCCGCUGGCGGUGCUUGCCUAAAACGUGCGGCGGCCGCCGCGGUGCCGUGGCGGAGGCCCGGACCUGGGACCGGCUGCGCGGGGCCCGCUCCCCGCGCCGCCGCUCCCCUCCGACCGCACCCGGCGGCCGCAGCCCGUCCUCGAGGGCCCUGGGCGACUACGAGGAAGUUUUCCGGUCUUCCCUGGAGGAGCCCGAGAAAGUCUGGGGAGCAGCCGCUGAACAGAUCCAGUGGUACAAGCCCUGGGUCCGUACUCUGGAGAGAGGCAGCGCGGGGAGCGCCUCCUGGUUUGUAGGUGGAGAGCUGAAUAUCUGUUACAAUGCUGUAGAUCGUCAUGUUGAGAAUGGACGAGGAGACCAAGUUGCCAUUAUUUAUGACAGUCCUGUAACAAAUACCAAAGAGAAAAUAACAUAUAAGGAACUUUUUGAGCAGGUCUCCAAGUUAGCUGAUGUCAUGAUCAGACAUGGUGUGAAGAAAGGAGAUCGUGUGGUCAUCUACAUGCCCAUGAUUCCACAGACAGUGUACUGCAUGCUGGCUUGUGCAAGAAUAGGAGCCAUCCAUAGCCUGAUUUUUGGUGGAUUUGCAUCUAAAGAGCUUUCUGUUCGCAUUGAUCAUGCAAAGCCCAAAUUUAUUGUAACAGCUAGUUUUGGAGUAGAACCGAAAAGAAAAGUGGAAUACAUAUCCCUCCUAGAAGGAGCACUGGCAAGGACACAGAGCAAACCUGAUAAAGUUCUCAUUUACAAGCGACCUAAUUUGGGCCACGUUCCUCUUACUCGAGGUCGUGAUCUUGACUGGGAAGAAGAGCUUGCAAAAGCACAGUGUUCUAAAUGUGUCUCAGUUCCCUCAGACCAUCCACUUUAUAUUCUGUAUACAUCUGGAACAACAGGCUUGCCCAAGGGUGUUGUCAGACCAACAGGUGGCUAUGCAGUUAUGCUAAACUGGACAAUGUCAGCUGUAUACGGACUCACACCUGGUGAGGUGUGGUGGGCAGCUUCUGAUUUAGGCUGGGUUGUUGGUCAUUCCUAUAUUUGCUAUGGACCUCUCCUUCAUGGGAAUACUACAGUUUUGUAUGAGGGGAAGCCUGUGGGAACGCCAGAUGCUGGUGCCUAUUUCCGUGUGCUAGCAGAGCAUGAAGUAGCUGCCUUCUUUACUUCACCAACUGCAAUUAGAGCAAUCCGUCAGCAGGACCCUGAGGCAACCUUGGGAAAGCAGUACUCUCUGAAAAGGUUCAGAACAUUAUUUGUAGCUGGUGAGCACUGUGAUGUGGACACGCUAAAAUGGUCAAAAGAAGUUUUCAAGGUACCUGUCUUGGACCACUGGUGGCAAACUGAAUCUGGUUCUGCAAUUACUGCUUCCUGUAUUGGUUUGGGAAACUCUACAACACCUCCACCCGGACAGGCAGGAAAACCUGUGCCAGGAUAUAAUGUGAUGAUUCUGGAUGAAAAUAAAGAACCAGUGAAGGCCAAGACUUUGGGAAAUAUUGUGGUAAAGUUGCCUUUGCCUCCUGGAGCAUUCUCAGGUCUUUGGGAAAAUAAAGAAACAUUCCAGAAGUUGUAUUUCCAAAAAUUUCCAGGAUAUUAUGAUACUAUGGAUGCUGGUUAUAUGGAUGAAGAUGGCUAUUUAUAUGUCCUGUCUCGAGCUGAUGAUGUGAUCAAUGUUGCCGGACACAGAAUUUCAGCAGGUGCGAUUGAAGAGUGUAUUCUCUUCCAUCCCGCUGUGGCGGACUGUGCUGUUGUGGGCCAGGAGGAUCCUUUAAAAGGACAUGUUCCAUUUGCGCUGUGUGUACUGAGACAAGGUAUAAAGACAGAAAAGAAUAAGAUUUUGAACGAGAUUGUUGAGCGAGUUCGAACUAACAUUGGCCCUGUAGCAGCUUUCCAGAAGGGGAUGUUUGUGAAACAGCUACCAAAAACACGCUCUGGCAAGAUACCACGUUCGGCUCUUUCUGCACUUGUCAGUGGAAAGCCAUACAAGAUAACACCAACCAUUGAAGAUGCUAGCGUGUUUAAACACAUUGAAGAACUGCUAAAGAAAAAUUAAAUGGGAUAAUACAUCAAUAACAAACAUUUUAAUUACAGAAGUACAAAGAGACUUUCUGUCUGUUAAGGUUACCGCAUUUUAAAAACUAGUCAUGAUUUGGAACAAAAUGUUUUUACUGCAGAAACAUUACUAUGUUCUUUACCAUCUUGUCACAGCCAAUGACACAUAGUAAAGUCUCUGCAUGUUGUGAAUAUAUGCUGGUUAUUAAGAUGGCUAAGAAUUGCACAUAGAAUUCAUACAUUUCUAUAGUCUUAAAGGGGAGGAGUCAUGGGAUUAUCUGUAUGAUGUCAUGUAACCUUUCAUUUCAAUCUGUUUUUGUAUAAUGUGACCAGUAACUUGAGUUUGAAUACAACAGUUUACAAAAAGUUAAGUCGUGAGGACAGCAAUAAACAGGAAUUUAAUUGUGAAAAUUGUUGAAGACA